CAGAAUAUUAUUAUUGUCUCCCUAGCUAUCUAUUUCAUACCAGUACUGUUACAAAAUCGAAGAUGAAGAAGGUGUGUUGUGUUCUACUUUGUGUUGUGGUGGCGGUGGCAGUGCUACUGUCUGAAGCACCACUCGUGGCGGAGGCGGUGACAUGCAAUUACACGGAAUUGAGCCCAUGCCUAGCGGCCAUCGUGUCCCCGGCAAAGCCGUCUGCUACUUGUUGCCAGAAGCUGAGGGAACAGAAGCCAUGCCUUUGCGUGUACUACAAAAAUCCAAACCUCAAGCAGUAUAUUAACUCUCCUGGUGCCAAAAAGGUUGCUAGCAGUUGCGGUGUUUCCCUCCCCAAGUGUUAGCUUAAAAAUUUUAUGGGCUAUAUAUGCAGCGAAUGUGGUAAAAUAAUUAUUAUAUGUAAUGAAUAAUUCGAUAGAAUAAAGUUAAUCUUUAUUGUGGACA